UUUGGUAUGUCAAUCUUGAACGCUUUCUACAGCUUUUUGGGCAAUCAUCUAGCAGUCCAUUUGAGUCCCAAUCAGUCUUUGGAACUCUAACGGGGAGGUCCAUGUUCGGUGGAACUUCAACUGGUGUUUUUUCUGCUACUCAACCCUCUUCGCCUUUUUCCACUAUGCCUGCCUUCGGUGCUUCAUCUUCACCAUCUUUUGGAACUUCAACACCCGCUUCUGGAAGCUCUUCCUCAGGUUUUGGUGGAUCUUCUCUUUUUGGACAAAAGCCUGUUUUUGGUGGGAUUGGUUCGACCACUCAAACAAGUCCUUUUGGAAGCACAAGUCAGCCAACACAGCCAGCAUUUGGGAGCAGUGUUUUUGUUUCCUCCCCAACCUUUGGUGCAUCAAGUCAGUCAGCAUUUGGUUGUACUAGCACUCCUGCCUUUGAUUCUACCAGUACCCCUCUAUUUGGAGCUACUGCUCCUGCCUUUGGACAAGUAAGCACUCCUGCCUUUGGCGCUACAAGCACUCAUGCCUUUGAUUCAACUGCCACUCCUCCAUUUGGUAGCAGGGGAACUGCAUUUGGCUCAUCAACUGCCCUAAUAUUCGGCACCGGAAGAGCAUUUGGGACUUCCAGUUCACCACUUUUUGGAUCUUCAAGUACCCUUGCGUUUGGCACAUCCAGUACUCCUUUAUUUGGUGCUUCAAGUACCCCUGCUUUUGGUGCAUCAACUAACCCAGCUUUUGGUACUUCAAGUGCCCCAGCCUUCGGUGCUUCCAGUACUCCAGUUUUUGGUGCUUCUAGUAGUCAAUCCUUCAAUUCCAAUACUCCAGUUUUUAGUGCUCCGAGUACUCCAGCUUUUGGUGCCCCAAGUAUGCCUGCUUUUGGGGCUUCUAGUAGUCCAUCAUUUAGUUCCAUUACUCCAGCUUUUGAUGCCUCAACUAUGCCUGCUUUUGGGGCUUCUAGUAGUCCAUCCUUCAGUUCAAGUACUCCAGUUUUCAGUGCUUCAAGUACUCUAGCUUUUGGUGCCUCAAGUAUGCCUGCUUUUGGGGCUUCUGGCAGUCCAGCCUUCAGUUUAAGUACUCCAGCUUGUGAUACUUCAAGUACUCCAGUCUUUGGUGCCUCAAGUAUGCCUGCUUCUGGGACGUCUAAUACUCCAUCUUUCAGCUCUAGUACUCUAGCUUUUGGUGCUUCAUGUACUCCAGCUUUUGGUGCCUCAAGUAUGCCUGCUUUUGGGACUUCUAGGAGUCCAUCCUUCAGUUCAAGUACUUCAGCUUUUGGUGCCUCAAGUAUGCCUGAUUUUGGGGCUUCUAAUACUCCAUCCUUCAGUUCAAGCACUCCAGCUUUCGGUGCUUCGAGUACUCCACCUUUUGGUGCUUUGAGUAGUCCAUCCUUAAGUUUCAGUACUCCAGUUUUUGCUGCUUCAUGUACUCCAGCUUGUGGUGCCUCAAGUAAGCCUACUUUUGGGACUUCUAGUAGUCCAUCCUUCACUUCAAGUGCAACAGAUUUUGGUGCCUCAAGUAAGCCUACUUUUGGGGCUUCUAGUAGUCCAUCCUUUGGUUUUGGCUCUUCUCCUGCUUUUGGCCAAUCAACCAGUGCAUUUGGUGGCAGUCCGUUUAGACCUGCAUCAUCCCCUUUUCGAUUCGAAAUUGGUAGGUCUUCCCCGACGCCAACUUUUGGAUGUAGUGGUUUUGGGCAAUCACCUUUUGGAGGUCAAGGUGGGGGAAGUAGAGUGGCACCAUACACACCGACAACUGAGGCAGAUAGUGGCAGGGGGGCUCAACAAGCUGGUAAGCUAGAGUCACUAUUGGCAAUGCCUGUGUAUGAGGAUAAGAGCCAUGACGAGCUUAGAUGGGAGGAUUAUCGAUCGGGAGAUAAAGGUGGGACCGAUUCUGCUGGUCGGUCUGCAGUCUUUGUUGGCUUCGGUGCACCACCUUCCGCUCCUUCACCAGCAUUUGGUCAAUCAUAUCCUUUUGCUUCCACUAUAACCUCCAAUCCAUUUGGUGCUUCAUUUACUCCAGCUUUUGGUGCCUCAGCCAUACCUGCUUUUGGGGCUUCUAGUAUUCCAUCCUUCAGUUCCAGUACUCCAGCUUUUGGAGCCUCAAGUGUGCCUGCUUUUGGGGCUUCCAGUUGUCCAUCCUUCAGUUUUGGCUCAUCUCCUGUAUUUGGCCAAUCAAUCUCUACAUUUGGUGACAGUCCAUUUGGACCUACAUCAUUCCCUUUUGAGAACCAAAUUGGAGCUCAGGCUACAACACCUCAUUGGAAAAUUUGGUCUUUUCACAUUAUCUGUCAUGCAAGAGCCCUGGCCACAACACCAACUUCUGGAAGUAGUGGUUUUGGACAGUCACCUUUUGGAGGUCAACGUGGGGGAAGUAGAGUGGUUCCAUACACACCAACAACUGAGGCAGAUAGUGGCAGUGGAAUUGAGCCAGCUAAUAAGUUAGAGUCACUAUUGGCAAUGCCUGCAUAUAAGGAUAAGAGCCAUGAGGAGCUUAGAUGGGAGGAUUAUCAAUAGGGAGAUAAAGGUGGUCCAAAUCCUGCUGGUCAGUCUGCUGGCGCUAUUGGCUUCGGUGCUCCUCUUUCAACUCCUUCACCAGCCUUUGGUCAAUCAUCUCCGUUUGCUUCCACCAGAGCCUUCAAUCCAUUUGCUUCUACACCCUUUGGC